AUGCCACGUGAUCAAUAUGGACGUUUUAAUACAAACGCAAAUGCGUAUAUUUCGGAGCAAAUUCGUAAUGAAAUUCAACGUUUCGAAAGUGUUCAUCCAUGCAUCUAUACGGUUUACGAUUUGAUCGAAUUGAUUCCGGAUCAAUUGCUCCAGAAUCAGUUACGUGAUCAGGUGGUUUGCAUUGAAG